AUGGAAAGUCACGGAGCUUCAAACGACAACAGCACGCCAGAUCCCAGAGCCGACUAUGACCUCUCUCGACCAAUCCAGCCCGCAGUGGGCAUGAGACAAGGCCUCUCCAACUACGGCGACCCUCACUUCUCCCUGUUCCUCCGCAAGGUCUUCAUCAAAGCCCUAGGAUACAGCGAGGAUGCGCUUUCAAGGCCCAUCAUCGGCAUCAUCAACACGUACUCGGGCUUCAAUCCCUGCCACGGCAAUGUCCCGCAGCUCAUUGAGGCCGCGAAGAGGGGCGUUCAGCUUAACGGCGGGCUGGCGAUUGAGUUCCCGACGAUCAGCGUUCAUGAGUCGUUUUCUUCGCCGACGAGCAUGUUCUUGAGGAAUCUCAUGAGUAUGGAUACGGAAGAGAUGAUCAAGGCGCAGCCGGUGGAUGCGUGUAUUGUCAUUGGUGGAUGUGACAAGACAGUGCCGGCUCAGCUCAUGGGCGGAAUAUCCGCCAAUAAGCCCAUCCUACCUCUCAUAACGGGACCAAUGAUGCCCGGGAGCUUCAGAGGCGGCCGCAUUGGAGCCUGUACAGACUGUCGCAACAAUUGGGCGGCUUUCCGGGCAAAUGAGAUUGAUAUCGAGGACAUCUCAGCAUUGAACGAGGAGCUUGCUCCAACGGCCGGAACUUGUGGCGUUAUGGGCACUGCAAGCACAAUUGCCUGUUUGACUGCAGCUCUUGGACUCAUCCCACUGCGAGGCGGUGCAACUGCUCCCGCUGUAUCAAGCGCACGACUGAGGAUCGCCGAGCAGACAGGCGCAAAUGCGAUAGCAGCAGCCAAGCACAAACGCACUCCCCAGUCCAUCCUCUCCGAGGCAUCUUUCCACAACGCGAUUACCGUCCUACAAGCAAUCGGAGGCUCUACCAACGGCAUCGUGCAUCUUCUCGCCAUUGCGAAUAGGCAUCCAGAAGUAUACGGCAAGAUUACUUUACAAACAGUGGAUGAGAUUGGAAGAAAGACUCCGUUGAUAGUUGACCUCAAGCCCAGCGGCGACAAUUACAUGACGGGCUUGCAUAACGCCGGUGGCAUUCCCGCUCUUUUCAAUGUUCUACGACCUCUGCUGAAGCUAGAUGCCCUCACGAUAACGGGUAAGACCCUGGGUGAGGCUCUGGAUGAGGAGAAUUUUCGCCCCUUUCCGUUUACUUCUCAAAUCAUUCGGCCGUUGGAGAAUCCCCUGUAUCCAUCUUCGAGCCUCGUAGUUCUAUACGGAAACAUUGCUCCCCACGGGGCCGUUAUCAAAGCCAGUGCCAGCAAGUACCGACAUCUUCUCAGCCACCGAGGCCGAGCUGUGGUAUUCGCCGGCCCCGAGGACCUUGCCAAACGCAUUGAUGAUCCAGACCUCGAUGUUGACGAGGACAGCGUAUUGAUAUUACAGGGGAUUGGCCCCAUUGGCUUUUCAAGCCCGGGGAUGCCAGAGGCAGGACUGAUACCCAUCCCGCGCAAACUCGCAGCUCGCGGAGUCAAGGACAUGCUGCGCCUCUCAGACGGACGCAUGUCCGGCACGGCGGGAGGGAGCAUCGUUUUGCAUAUUUCGCCUGAAGCUGCGUUGCCGGAAAGUGUUUUUGCUGUUGUGAGGGAUGGAGAUGUCAUCUGCUGUGAUGUGGAGAGACGAAAGCUGGAGGUGGAGCUUGAUGAAGCUGAGAUUAGGAGGAGAGUUGCGGAGAGAAAAGAUAGGUUGGAGAGGAGAGUGGAAGGGCUUGGACCUGCGGAGACUAGGAGGCGACCGGCGCGGGGGUAUAGGGGGUUGUAUGAGAGGAGUGUGCUGCAGGCUCAGGAUGGCGUGGACUUUGAUUUCUUGACUGCUAAUGGGGCGACAUAUUAA